AGUUUUGUUUGAGGUGACGCCAUCAGUCCGCGACAUGCUCAGCUCAAAACAAAAGCAGCCAAAACAGUCUCUUCUGUUUUAUACUAUAGAAAAUUUCAAUAAGGUCUUGGUGUUUUCAUUUCGUGCACGCGCUUUUAUGAAGUGAAAUGUGUUUUAGCAUAGAUUGAAAACACAUUUAACAUAGCUUCCGUGUUAGCAUCAAUACUGAGAGCCUUUGUAUUAGCAUGAAACAUACUUCCAAGUCCCAUAUGUACGAUGCGGAAAGUUAAAACUUGUAAAAGUUGCUGGAGAAUAGUUUUGAACUUUAAUUCCACAGGGGUACGUGUCUGACCGCCCUCUAGAGACAAUGAUGAAGCGUAGUACACGAUGCUCCAUCUUGCCCUGCGUCUCUAGCGCCAUGGGGAACUUCAAGGUCAAAAUCCAAAGAAGGCCCACCUGCAGAGGCUGAUCUUUGCUGGGAAGCAGCUGGAAGAUGGCUGGACCCUCUCUGAUUACAGCAUCCACAACGGCAGCAGAGGCUAUAUUAGGCAUGUCGGAGGAGCAUGCGGGGUGUGAGCGGUCCUGACGAGUGGACCAGCUGAGGGGACGGGGACACUCCGCUGACAACAUGGCCGGCUGGGGCACCUUCUUCGUUUCUCUCCUCAACUACAAGACGGAGAAGUAUGUGAUCGCAGAGAACCGGAGAAUCGGAAUAUUGUUUCGAAUCUACCAGCUGGCCGUCCUGGGCUACAUCAUCGGGUGGGUGUUCGUAAUGAAGAAGGGCUACCAGGAGAGAGAGGAGGCCAUCCAGUCAUCCGUCAUCACCAAGCUCAAAGGCGUCACGCUGACCAACAGCUCAGAGAGUGGCCUUCACCUGUGGAGUGCGGAGGACUACGUCAUUCCGCCAAGUGGCGAGCAGGUUUUUUUCGUGGUCACAAAUUACAUUGAGACCCCCCAUCAGAGGCUGGGCUUCUGUGCCGAGAGUGUCAAGGUGCCACACGGCCGAUGUCUCGCCGAUGAUGACUGCAUGGAGGGGGAGACUGUUACAGCCGGCCAUGGAAUUCAAACUGGUUUGUGUGUAAACAGCACUGGGACCUGCCAGAUUCACGCCUGGUGUCCCGUGGAGUACGGCAAGAGACCCGCAGAGCCUUUACUCAGCGAAGCUGAAAACUUCACCAUUUACAUCAAGAAUUUCAUCAGGUUCCCAAAGUUUGAAUUCUCCAAGUCCAACGUUCUUGACAGCACUGAUGACAGUUACUUGAAGAGAUGCUCCUACGAUCCCGUCACCCAUCCUUACUGUCCCAUCUUCCGCCUGGGAGAUCUGGUCAGAUGGAGCGGACAUGACUUCCAGGACAUGGCUGCCAAGGGCGGCUCCGUGGGCAUUCUUAUUGAGUGGUACUGUGACUUGGAUAAGGACUCGUCCAGGUGUAACCCGGAGUACAGCUUCACCCGUCUGGACAUGAACCUCAACAACUCUGUUACAUCGGGGUACAACUUCAGGUACGCCAGGUACUUCAAGGAUGAAAACGGGGAGACCUUUCGUACUCUGUACAAAGUGUACGGGAUUCGCUUUGACAUCAUGAUCAACGGCCAGGCUGGGAAAUUCAAUAUUGUUCCCACCAUCAUCGCCAUCGGCUCUGGCGUUGCUCUGCUGGGAAUCGGGGCCUUCGUCUGCGAUAUGAUACUCCUGUACAUGAUGAACACCAGCUCCUUCUAUCGGGAAAGGAAGUUUGAAAUCAUCAAUUUCAAGAAAGAACGGACCAAAGACAAGGUAGGGAAGCCGGGACACCGGGAGAGGAAGUCCAGGAAAUCAGCAGCAGAGGAAGGGGGCGCCAACUCCAACAAGAAGCCCGAGGAUAUUGAAGGCAUCGUGGGAUCAUCCGGCAACGUGGAGAAGAAAUCCCCUGAGGACAAGCGGGGUCCCACCAUUCCACGGAACACGGGCCAACGCUACACGUCCGUCCUCUCGGCCCAAGGUGCCGAACCAAAGCAUCACAUCACAUUCUCUUCACACAACUGACAAGCGAGCCACAGCGGGGGUCUCGCUCGGUUGGCUUGCAAAAGUGGAUUUGCCCGGACUGAAGAGCGGUCGGUCCGCACGGAUGCACGUGGGCAGGACGGCGAUGCACUCGCACACAGGAAAUGACGCCAAGUUGAUAACUGCCAUAACUUUCUUUUGUGACUGACUCAUGAACGGGGGGGCCCCCCACAUUAAUGGCUAUUUUUACUCCAGUGGAACCUACGUUGGCAUACACGUGGGUCAGCGUGUUUUUCAGUUAACGUCAACGCAAAACAAAGCAUGUGAAUGGAAAAAGAAUGAAAAUGACAAGAAAAGAAAAAUGAUGGCAAAACAGGAAGGUGGUGUCCCUGUUGAUCUGGCCGCCAUGCCGCGUCUUUGGCAACCAUCAUGUCUUAGUAAUCCAAGUUUCUCAGAAUGUGACUUCUACCCGAAUUGACUUUGCUGCAUGCUUUGGAGAAAUCGGGAUACUUGGGGAACCUGAAGCGGUGUCCUCUACCUCACGUUAUUUUAUGUGGACAUAAAACGGGAGUCCCAAAGGGGUCAUUUCUCCGAAAGGCCGUUUAUGUCGACACGUGUGGUGAUGUUGUUAACUUCCUUAUUGUGGCGAGGACGCAUGAAACAACAGCAACAUAACGGCCGCCUUGUUACACAGCAUUAAAAGCUUUUAUUUGUCAAUAAGUUAGAAGAGAAUUUCCAGUGUAAAAACCAUCACUAACCAUCCUCCAAAGGCUCCUGGUUCUUCGCCGGCCAAUAAAAAGCAUCUUCUCCAGCUUUUGUUUUUUCCAUUUCCAAACUCAUUUCUGGUGUUUUUGGCUUCGGAGGUCCAUGUUUUCAUCGUCCAUGAGCUUUUCUUCAUGCGUUCCAAAGCCAUCAGUCGCUCAGUCCUUCUUGGCCUGCUUGUCCCUGCGCUUCCGCCUCAUGUCGGACAUGAUUCCGAGUAGGGACAUCAGGAUGGGCAAACAUAUGGGCAGGAAGAGCGGGAUGUAGAUGGCAAACUUCUGGUGGUCCAGGAAGUAGAGGAGGUGGAGCAGCGAUGGAUCAAAGAAGGCCCUCUCGGACGCCAAGAUGGCCUCCUUGCUGUACUGCAGCGCGAAACCCAGGUUCCCGGCCUCCAGCUCGGCCAGGGCCAGCUGCAGCGACGAGACGGCGCUGGUUAAGCUAAUGUCCCAUAUUUUCCCUAAGUGAAGCUUUUCCAAGCAUCCAAUAUGGCUGCAAGGAGUCACAUACAAACGGAAGGCAUUCAGACGAUGCAUUCAAAGACAUGUGAUAUGUAGUAUUCUACACCGAUCACCAGGUGUCAGUAUGUGUAGCGGUGCAAAUGUAUCCAAGGUGGGGCUGGGUCAGGGUCAGCAUUCAGCAGACUGAAGGUUAUCUCAUAACCUAAGAAGAUAAAUAGAUGACGCGUGAAGGACAAACAAAGACAUUAAAAGGUGAGUGAGCCGGGCUGGACUUGAAGUCUCUCAUGCUGUCAGCUUCGCUCUGUCGGCUUCCGGGGCCGAGAUGCACUCUGGGCUUCUCUCGGCUUCCGAGGGCCAAGGUGCGUGCUGCUUCACAUGACCACUAGAUGUCAGACUUGCAAUUUCCCAAUUCUCGACCAGACUUCUUUUCAAACUGUCUGUUCUUUUGUUUGUUUCAC